UUUAUUUUGUCGACAAUGUUCGCCUUAAUUUUUCGCUUCACUUCCGACCGGGAACAAGACACCACCCUCCUCAUCUGUUGCAUAUUUCGCGUGUGGGCUAGGAAGACGAUAGAGUCUGGACUGACAGAAGCGGGCAACUUGUUUGCUGGUGAAAAGGCAGCCGACGCGCUUCCCGCCGCCAUGACGACCAUCGUGAUGGAGCGAAUCGGGCGGCUCUUCAUCAGCCUGCAACAAAUCAAGCAGUUCCCCCGUCUGCUGUCCUCGGAGGCGUCUCCCUCCAUGCCCGGCACCUUACGCGACACCGAGGUGCCCCACUUCUUCCGCGAGCGCUACGUCCGUGCCGGCUACCGGCCCCUCCACCAGUGUUGGCGUUACUACUUCCUGUCGGCCUUCCGUCGCCACAACGAGACCGUCAACAUCUGGACGCACCUGCUCGCCUUCCUGACCCUCCUGGCCAAGAUGAGCCACGUGGCCCAGACGGUGGAUUUGGCGCGGGACCGGCACGCAUGGCCCCUGCUGAUCCUCCUCCUGUCUGCGCUCAACUACACGGCGUGGAGCGUGGCGGCGCACCUCCUGGGCGGUAAGUCGGAGCUGUGCCACUACGCUUUCUUCUUCCUGGACUACGUGGGCGUGGCGCAGUACCAGUACGGCAGCGCGGCGGUGCACUACUACUAUGCGGCCGAGGAAAGCUUUCACCGGCGCGUGGGCGCCAUGUUCAUGCCCGUGGCGGCGCUUCUCAGCUGGCUCUCCUGUCUGGGCUGCUGCUACGGCAAGUACCGCAACCACACCCUUCCGCCUUGGGUGCGCAAGGUGGGCCAGGUAGCGCCGUCCACCAUCGCCUACGUGUGGGACAUCAGCCCCGUGGCGCACAGACUCCUCCUCGGCAAGGCCGACACCGACCCGGCCUUUGCGUACCACCUGAGCCACAUUGCCUUUUUCCUGGGCUGCGCCAUCUUUUUCGCCUUCCCCGUGCUGGAGCGCUGGUGGCCCGGAGGUUGCGACUUCCUGGGUCAGGGCCACCAGCUGUUCCACAUUCUGCUUUCCUGCUGCACCAUGUGUCAGAUCCACGCCUCGCAACUGGAUUACAGCAGGCGACGGCAGGUGUACGCGCCGCAACACGGCGUAGACCGGGCGGCACUCUUUCUCUGCCUCUACGGACUGACGCUGCUGGUCUGCCUGCUCAUCGCCGCAUUCAUGUUGAGGAAGGCCAAACGGCUGCUGGACCGCCAGGCCAAGUCCAAGUGAAACGGGAACGAAUGACUACCUCACCGAUACGUACGAGUGCUACUGCAAAAUAUGAGGUACACCGAACGAGCUCCAAUACAAGAGCGCGACAUAUCAAAAGCAUCUCUGUCCUGUGGCAGCAUUUGUUACUGCAGCGAUGUCGGAGGUCUUCUCUGCCUCUUCUUUCUAUGAUGCGGCAUCGUCUCACUGAAUGAGGUACGCCGUAGCGCUCUUGUAAUGGAUCUCGACAGACAGUGUGGGUGUACCUCGUGUUGUCUUGGGUAUUAUUUCAACAGUACGGUGAGGAAUGAACUGCCCGUAGGCAAAAGGGAUUGCUCGGCAGUGAUUAAAGGGAACACGAUCCACUUGACAACAACGGCCAGUUUGUGAAUGGGCCAGUUAAAUCUAUCGGUACAACAUCGAGCACUAGAGAUGUGGCUUACACGCGCAUUAGCAAAGUUUAGGACCCUUUGUGUUUUGUCGAUCUUCUAAUGAAGAGAAGGGAAGGUGUCCUUCUGAACAGCACUUUAAACGUGACUUGAAGACACGUUGGUAGAGAGGAAGGGAUUUCACACGAUUGGUCUCCCGUCAGCGGUGUCUUCUUGACAAUCUUCUGGGUGUUGGGUGAACAUAAGUGCCGUUCAAUUUACCCCAGUGGGGCCAACUUUGGAGCUGGGUUGAAUGGGGAAAAAAAAAAAAAUCCACCGACUGUGCCUUCGGGAGCAAGACUCCACUGGCGGCGGCGAUCCUUGUCGUUUGAAAUGAUAUAGCAUGCCGUACGUGUAGACUAGCCCCCCCCCCCCCGCUCCCCCCAUGUUUUCAGUGACAACAGAAGUGUUGCGUAACAUCCCGAGCCAGCCUCGCGUGUUGUUUCCACGCAACCCUUCCGGCUGAGUGUUUUGCCAUCACGCUGUUCACAAAAUACAGCAGAGAGCCCCCCCCCCACCCCAAAGCAGAGACAAGUGGCUUGUGUUUUGUCCUUUUUCAAGAAGCGACUUCCAUUCUGGGGGGCUUUUUAAGAAGCUUCCCGAGGCGUGAUUGGAAAGAGUACAAACCUCGAUGUGUCCCCUUUAAAACAAAAUGACUGACCUCUGAAAAUAUAUAAGAAGACGAAUAAUCAGGAGUUUUGAGCUGGGCCUUGGCUAAUUUCACAAAGCGUUUAUCUGAAUGAGCAAUGCAUGAAACUGUCACCUGCAAAGGAUGAGCAGUUUUACUUUCUUUGACUUUCAUUACUCAGUGUUCUCUGUAGUUUUCGAGGCAACUGCAACCGCGAUGUUCACAUGCGGGGAGCGAUUGGCCGGCCUCACCACGGAGGUCUCGCGCCGCUUGUUCGGUCUCUAUGGCAGCCAUUUAAAGCCUGCGUUCCACCCAGUGUGGCCUUAGUGUUUCAUUUGCAUACCGUCGCAACCCGCAUUGACGUGAUUGUGUGAAUAAGUGCCUCGUUUGACACGGCGGACAAAUCAGCACAAUGUGUCCUAACCUUUAGUGCCUACAUGUUACUAAAUAUAUUACAUAUUGUAUUGUGAAAACCUGAAGUGUUCGACAAAAAAAAAUGAGGGAAUCCAUGAAAAAAAAAAACUUGAAAAGUUGAUGAAAACAUUUACCAGUACAGUAGUAAAAAUGUGUUGACCCGGAGGGCUCUUAAAUGUUUUAUGCGGCACAUGCACUGAUUGGCUCCACCACUCCACAAAGUGGCAAUCUUGUCAACUUAGUGAUGAAGUGCUGCCUCCACACGGGAAAAUACAGUUCAUGAAACUGGUUUUGUUCGAUGCACAGACACCAG